UCUGUCCUGUCUCUGUCCUGUUUCUGUCCUGUCUCUUUCUCUGUCCUGUCUCUUUUUCUGUCCUGUCUCUGUCCUGUCUCUGUCUCUGUCUCUGUCUUGUUCUGUCUCUAUCCUGUCUCUUUCUCUGUCCUGUCUCUUUCUCUGUCCUGUUCUGUCUAUGUCCUGUCUCUGUCCUGUCUCUGUCCUGUCUCAUUCUCUGUCCUGUCUCUGUCCUGUACUGUCUCUGUCUCUGUCCUGUCUCUGUCCUGUCUCUUUCUCUGUCCUGUCUCUUUCUCUGUCCUGUCUCUGUCUCUGUCCUGUCUCUGUCUCUUUAUCUGUCCUGUCUCUGUCUCUGUCCUGUCUCUUUCUCUGUCAUGUCUCUUUCUCUGUCCUGUCUAUGUCCUGUCCUGUCCUGUCUCUGUCUCUGUCCUGUCUCUUUCUCUGUCCUGUCUCUGUCCUGUCUCUUUCUCUGUCCUGUCUCUGUCCUGUCUCUGUCUUGUCUCUGUCUCUGUCUUUGUCUCUGUCCUGUCUUUAGCUCAUCUCUGUCCUGUCUCUGUCUCUGUCCUGUCCUGUCUCUGUCCUAUCCCUGUCCUGUCUAUGUCUCUGUCCUUUCUCUGUCUCUGUCUUGUUCUGUCUCUGUCUUGUCUUUGUCCUGUCUCUGUCUCUGUCUCUGUCCUGUCUCUGUCCUGUCUCUGUCUCUGUCCUGUCUCUGUCUCUGUCCUGUCUCUGUCCUGUCUUUGUCUCUGUCCUGUCUCUGUCCUGUCUCUGUCUCUGUCUCGUCUCUGUCCUGUCUCUGUCUCUGUCUGUCUCUGUCCUGUCUCUGUCUCUGCCUCUGUCCUGUCUCUGUCCUGUCUCUGUCUCUGUCCUGUCUCUGCCCUCUCUGUCUCUGUCCUUCUCUGUCCAUCUCUGUCUCUGUCCUGUCUCUGUCCUGUCUCGUCUCUGUCCUGUCUCUGUCUGUCUCUGUCCUGUCUCUGUCUCUGUCUCUGUCUCUGUCUCUGUCUCUGCCUCUGUCCUGUCUCUGUCCUGUCUCUGUCCUGUCUCUGUCCUGUCUCUGCCUCUGUCCUGUCUCUGCCCUCUCUGUCUCUUUCCUCUCUGUCUCUGUCCUCUCUGUCUCUGUCCUGUCUCUGUCUCUGUCCUGUCUCUGUCUCUGUCUCUGUCCUGUCUCUGUAUCUGUCCUGUCUCUGCCCUGUCCCUGUCUCUGUCUCUGUCUCUGUCUCUGUCCUGUCUCUGUCUCUGUCCUGUCUCUGCCCUGUCUCUGUCUCUGUCCUGUCUCUGUCUCUCUAAAACGUCAUACUGAUCAUGUACUGCUAUUGUUCUCUUACUAUUCAUAUUUUCUGAUUGGUUGUUUUCAUCCGUAGGUUAAGAAGAAAUAAACGCGUAUUGCUAUGCUGCCUGAAGAAUCGGAGUGGGUCCCUCGGUCGCCAUUAAGUUCCUUUCAGACUAUUGGAGGAUAGCUGCACGUGACUUCACAGUUUAUCCAUCUGGUUAUAUUCAAUACAGUCUUACAUCUUAUUCAAAGUAAUUUAAGUUCGGUGUAAAGCUAUAUAUUUAUCAUGCAAAAGUGCAUUCCUUCCCAACUUUCAGGUCAUAUCCAUAGUUUUAUUUAUCAGAGUAAAUUUGAAGUGCACCCUGCUAUAUCUAUGGACCACCACCAAUCCCCCAUAUGUCAUCUACAGGGCUACUACAACAAUGCAACCGAACUUGCUGGAUAUGGCACUGGACACAGAAGAGGCCACGCACCACAAUUCAGAGAGAUCCCACUCUUUCAUCCUACUGUCACCUCUUCUGCUUGUGUCAGCUGCACUCUGUACCUGUCUGACCCAUUCUGAGGCCCCCCUGGCCCGGUGGAUACCCGCCAUGUGUGCUGUCAUAACGAGGCUGGUGGUCUCCUAAGUAGAGGAAGACAUGGAAAAAGACGCAGAGAUGGAGGGAGAGACGGAGGGAGGCGAGAGCGUUCACCAGCACCCAGCUAGUGUUGCUAGAGAAGGAGUUCUACUUCAGGCCCUACCUGUGUCCACCCCGCAGGCUGGAGAUGGCUGCAGGCCUGAGGCUCACCGAUCGGCAGAUCAAGAUCUGAUUCCAGAACCGACGCAUGAAACACAAGAAGGACCAUAAGGAGGACGGUGUCAUAGAGACUGAGACGCCAAACCAUCCUUCUCUACCACCACACACGUUGUCCUCCCUCAGCCCAAGGUUCUCUAUUGAUGUUGGGUACUCAGUUCUUGUCUGGUGAGAGCGCCUAAAUCUCCAACCCUCCUCUUCAUAGAUUAUGAUCGGACCCCUGCUCUGGUUGGUUUUAACAUUAGAAAUGACAGUGAAUGGUUUUGUGUUUCCUCCAUGGACCUUCCCCAUCUCACCACCAUACCUGCACCUGUCUCUUACUGUUGUAGACAGCAGUUGUUUGUCCACAGGUCUCUCAGAACCUUCCUCAGGGCACAAUGAUGCACACCUAUCCUCUUAUGACAUCAGCGCACGCUUCAAACGUCACGGCUGCCCCCUAGAACCUCCUACUCACCUGUGAGAGUAGGCCACAACGCUAACACCUAGAUUGUGAGUCGAAGGGCUCAAUUCAAUCAAAGCAGCAUUGUAGACGUUACCUUUCAUUCAACGUUUUGAUAGCGGCUUCCUGAACAAGGCAUAAUUAUUACCUGUAGGGUAUCCUGAGUAUCCCUGGGACUAGGUUUCUAUUCCAAAGCAACCACUACUGCCCCAUCUGUUGCUAUUCUAUUAUUAUACCUUGUGGCAGAUGUAACGCAUGAUGUACUGUACAUAGCAUACCAGUAAUCUUUUGGCAUAAUUGACCUGAUUUAGCUUAUAGCAAUAAACUCCUCAAAUACCUUCCGCUGGUAUUACUGUACUGUUUCGCAUGUAUAUGUUUUGAACACAUUCAUUUAGUAUUUUCAUGUGUCAGAUAAUUGACUUGUGGUUGUCAUCUAUGUAAAUCGUAGAGAAAAUAAUUUUACUUUGCUAUAGUUGUUAGACGUUAUGUUCUGAUCGUGUAAGUAACAUAAUUUACUAGCUAUCAAUUUAGUAUUUUCAAGACCUCUUCCUGUGUCAAAUACAUGUGGCUGUUGUAUCUGUAGAUCAGAGGGAGAGGAAUUUGACUUUGGCUGUAGGUGUCAUGUGUUAGGUCUUGUUUCAUGUGUUCUUACCAUGUUCAUAGCUGUUUAUAUGUGUAAGUUGUUUAUAUGUGUAAGUUGUUUAUAUGUGUAAGUUGUUUAUAUGUGUAAGUUGUUUAUUUGUGUAAGUUGUUUAUUUGUGUAUGUUGUUUAUAUGUGUAAGUUGUUUAUAUGUGUAAGUUGUUUAAGCUAAGUGUGAAAACGCUUGCUUCUAGCAAGCAUAUGUUCAUACUGAAUGAAGUUCUAUUUUUGCUAUGUAUGUAUUUGCAUAAACUAAAAUACGUUUUUGAUACUGUUCUUGAUUAUUUUAGAUGUUUAAUAAAUGCAUUUGUGUAAAAUCAA